AUGGCGCGGACUUACCUAUUCUCGGCGUUGGCCAUUGCUGCGUGCACUUGCGAGCAAGCUACAGCACAGAACAACCAGCAGACACAGCUGGCAUACACGGUGCCGGCAGGCUUCCCAACUUCACUCUUUCCGGCCUACUACAUUCCCCCAUCACCCACUCAGCAGCCACAGCCUAUUAUCCACGAUGAGGUGCUAAACUACACCUUUCCUCUGGAGCUGACCAACCCAGAGACAAUCCCGCAGGAGGGCGAGGAUCCAGUUUACUUUCCUGAGCCCAUCGGCACGUUCAGCAAUGGUACGGCCAUCAUCGCCGAAGCUCAAGGUCAACUCGAGAACAUCCUUGGUGGGGAUGGAUCCAAUUGCACCAAGUGCGUUUCUGCAUUAGAAGUCGGGCAGUAUGUCGCGCAGAGGGUACCGAAGAUGGUGCCACAGUUGCUCAUUUCGCUAUGCCAACAGACAAAGUUCAUGUCGAAUGACUCUUGCGAGGUCGAGUAUACUGCUGAAGAUUUCGGAGCUGUUUGGACUCAGGUGUUGGCUCUGGCAGACAUGAAGGAGGAUGGACAAGCCAUCUGCAAUCGUCUCAGCUCCACCUUCUGUCCGCGGCCUCAUACCAUUCCCUCUGACACCACGUCUUUCUUCGGACCAAAGCCCGACAACGUCACUGUGCCCAAACCAAGUGGCGAGCUCGUCAAGGUCUGGCAUGGCUCAGACUUUCAUCUGGAUCCACGGUACCUGAUUGGUAGCGAGGCUAACUGCACCGGUGGAGGCGGCCUCUGCUGUCGUCCCCAAGGCAACCCGAAGUCUGGCAACGUCACCCUCCCCGCCACCCUAUAUGGCGAGUACAAGUGCGACUCGCCCUACUACUUGGUCGCGGCCGCCCUGCAGUCGAUCGGCCCCUUGACAGGAACGAGCUACGACAACAAGUCCACCGACGAGCAAUUCGCCUGGUCAAUCUUCACGGGAGACCUGACCUCGCACGAAGACCAGAACGAACUCUCUCGGAACUACACUCUCUACGCCGAGACCGCUGUCUAUGGUAUGCUCAAACACUACAUCCCGUCUGGCCCCAUCUUCGUCGCCCUCGGUAACCACGACACCAAUCCGGAGGCCAUUGACAGCCCGCACUCCCUCCCGGGCGCCCUCGGCCAACAGCAGUCGUGGAAUUUCGAGCACGUUGCCGGUCUCUGGAAACACAACGAUUGGAUCUCCGACUCGGCCGCGCGCCAGGCUCGCAUGCACUACGGAGCUUAUAGUAUCAACCAUCCAACUUACCCGAAACUCCGAAUUAUCACCAUAAACACAGAUUUCUGGUACCGCAACAACUACCUCAACUUCAUCAACACGACCAACCCAGACCCGUCAGGCAUCCAGCUCUUCCUCAGUAAGGAGCUCCUCGCCGCCGAAGCGGCCUCGGAGCGCGUCUGGAUCAUCGGCCACGUGCUCACAGGCUGGGACGGCACGAACCCACUCCCCAACCCCACCGACCUCUUCUACCAGAUCAUCGACCGCUUUAGCCCGCACGUCAUCGCGGGCGUCUUCUUCGGCCACACGCACGAAGACGAGCUGAUGAUCUACUACGCCAACAACGCCACCACCCAGUCCGCCGCAACCGCACAGACCGUCGGCUGGAUCGGCCCCAGCCUCACCCCACUCACCAACGUCAACCCCUCCUUCCGCAUGUACCUCGUCGACACGGGCGACUUCCAGAUCUACGACGCCUUCACAUACUACAGCGCCGUGAGCGCCAACCGGGUCCUCCCCGACCCCUCGAGUUCCGACACCGGCCCAGUCUUCGAGCUCGAGUACAGCACGCGCGACACGUACGGGCCCAGCGUCUCCUGGCCGGAUGCCGCGCCGCUGAACGCCACGUUCUGGCACCUAGUCAGCGAGCAGGUCGCGCGCAACACGAGUCUGGCGAGCGUGCAGAAUAUGCUGCAGGGCCGAAUGAGCGUCAAGACGCCGAAUUGCACGAGCACCGCGUGCGCGGAGGCGAGGGCGUGUUAUAUGCGCAGCGGGAGUGUGGCGUUGGGCAGGGCGUGUCCACAAGGGUAUGGGAGCGUGCAGAGCGCUUUCUCACCGAAGGCGUGA